GUAGCGCUGGUAGUUGCUGUGGGUACGGAAAUGUGUCAUCCGCGGGCAGCCUCAAGCAAGCGCCAGCCGAAUCGAGGCAGACGCGCUCUGAGAACUUGAGGUUUGCGGUGUAGUAGCCUGUGAUGCGAUCAUACAGCCCGCUCAUGUAGGAGCUACGUCAGCGCCAACACUACCACAUAGUUACGUUUAAAUGGAGCAGCGAGUCCUUGGUUUAGCGCAUUGGUACGGAUGUUCACAUGGGUGAGAUGCGAAGCGGUGAGUGACUGAAAUUAUCUGCAGGAUUGUCCAGACCAAAGGCCUGCAAUAACCCGACAGAUGAUCAACGAUGUGACAGAUAUACACUACCUUACCACAACCUACGCGAUUUCUUGCACCAGGUCCUGAAGAGUGGUGCGUUGGUCGCCCAGAGUUUAAUGCACCCCAAACUUCAUCCUCUGGCCUCGAGGACGACGACUGGUGGCUGUCUGCCUCUUUGUGUGCCCAAGUAGUGCCCACCUGCACGCCGCACGCUUCAGGUGCCAUGCAGGCAUAACGGGUGCUGAGCAGGGCACCCAAGGUCAUCGGGAGGAGUGAAGGGCAGUGAGAGCGGGCACUGCAGUAGCGGGCACCCAGGACAGGACACAGGACCUAUCUGUCUCUGGGCACAGGACUCGGGUACGGGCACAGAGGGGUGGGCACAGACUUCGUGGACGAUGACCAGCCUUUUCCACCGCACCAUCUCCAGGUCGCAUGGCGCAAGCUCUCCCCGCACGGGCAGUGGCAACAGCAACAGCAGCAGCAGCGCCCCUAGCAGGCCGCAGCGGGUAGUGCACCGGCUGGAGUUCAACCAGGCCAUGGGCGACUUCCGGACCAUGUUCCCCGGUGUGGAGCGGCAGGUGAUCGAGUGCGUGCUGUGGGCCAACAACGGCGUGGUGGAGGCCACCAUAGAGCAGCUGCUGCAGAUGAGCCUGGACGGUCAGGGCACCGACGACAGCUCCGACUCAGAGGACAGCAUUCCGCCAGAGAUCCUGGAGCGAACCCUAGAGCCAGAUAGCUCAGAUGAGGAGCCCCCGCCUGUCUACGCCCCUCCCUCCUACGACAUGCACAUCUACGACAGGAAGUACCCUGCUGACGUCCCCAACACGCCCCCACCCAGGUUUGAUGCCCAUCCCCCACCUGGGCACCAGCCCGGGAGUGGCUACAGGAAUUGGAACCCGCCGUUGCUAGGCAACCUCCCGGACGACUUCCUGCGGAUUCUGCCCCAGCAGCUUGACAGUCUGCAGCGAUCCCACAGCAGUCUCUCUCAGCCUUCCUCCUCCUCCUCUUCAUCGCUGUCCUCGCUGUCUCUGCCCCCGGUCCCCUCUGGCGGUGCGGCGCAGGCGGACGCGUGCGGCAGCGGCAGCGGCGAGCAGGAGAGGGUUCUGGGACGGCGCCUGGAGGACGAGGAGGACCGGCGGCUGCGCCAGUACCUGGAGGACGAGCGCGUCGCUCUCUUCCUGCAGAACGAGGAGUUCAUGAGGGAGCUGCAGCGCAACCGGGACUUCCUCAUCGCCCUGGAGAGAGGAGACCACUCUGCGGCAGGUUCUGGCGAGCCCCUCCCAACGGCCUCAGAUGAUGCUCUUUUCCGUGACAAACUCAAGCACAUGGGCAAGUCCACAAGGAAGAAACUGCUGGAAAUUGCAAGAUCCUUUUCUGAGAAAACUCGGAGGAGGAAGAACAAGAAGAAGGCACUGCUGAAGCAUCACUCACUGGGCUCUGCUGCCUCCACUGCCAACCUGCUGGAAGAUGCUGAGGGACCAGCGCCCGAGGGGGACUGCCAACUCAAGACACCCGACACUCAGGAAGAGGAGACAAAACAAAACAAGGAAGUACUCUCAUGAUUGUUCCAUCUAGUUCAUGAGUUCUUUGACGACAACAGCCAUGUGUCUCUGAAUCUAAGACUUCCACAUAAACCUGAAGUAUUUUGAGGUGGAACACAAUUCAAGCCAUGUGGAUGAAGCCCUUACUUUAUCACAUCAUGAAGAGAAAGGUGUUGCGCACAAUUAAUUCUGUGUGAGUUUUGCUUCUGUAAAUCGUCUUAUGAAGAUCAUUCAUACAUUUUUGUUAUUUCGCCCAUCUCACUGAUUUGACCUCCUGAUUUGUGUUUGGAAUCUGGUUUGUACUUCAAACUGUGCAAGGAAGUGGGAUCUUCCUGGUGAGUCACCCCCAGAGGUGUAAACCCUACUGCACAACUAAAGAUGUUUAUGUUUAUGUACAUGCCAAACCUCUACUCAUGAAAUUAGUGCUUAUGACCAGUCGGUCAUAUUUUAUUCCCGAAACAGAAAUAUCUCCAGAAUUGCCUAACUUCCUAACCUUAUUGUUAACUCUAUUCACAACAUUACAAAAUCUCAAACUCGUAAGUCAUUUAUAUUAAGUUGUUAGCUAACCCUUUUAUCCAACGCUUGCAACUGUCUACACAGUUAUCCAACUGUUACCAUACAAAGGCCUUGAGAACUGCCCCAAAUGGACUAAAGCCUUGAAGAUCAGUAAAGUUAAACCACACAAACUUUAGGGCUCAGCUGGUUGAGACAAGUCCUUUAUAUCGAACAUCUAGACAUCACCUUGUGUCUAUGUGGUGCUCAUUUCCGUUAAGCACACUGUUAUCAUUCACCCCAUGUGUUUAAGAAAUUCUGUUUCUUUCUUUCUUUCUUUCUCUCUUUUUUGGUUUGUGGGAUUAUUGUAUUUUUUACAUAGCCAGCUAACAGUUAAUGUCUGAUGUCAAAACACCACUAUGCUGAAACUCAUAACAGCACGUACAUCAGCGCUGGAAAAUAACAUUGGAAAGCUUUGAGUGUGUAUCACUAACGAAAUGUAUGUGUGUGUUUGGUAGUAUGCAUUCUAUCUAUGACUGCAACAGCUAGGGCAGCCAGACAGCUACAGUGCUACACUUUAAAAUCAUGCCCCCAGAGUGUAGCACUGUAGCUGCCUGGCUACUCUAGCUGUUGGCUACAGAAACUCGAGCUAGGUAGCACAGAUUUUUAUUUAUUUUUUUUCAUACCGACAGUAGUCGUGACCUCAAGAAAAAGAGAUCUAUGUGAAAAAUUGCCAGGAUUUUCCUUUAAGGUUUCUCUCAAAACGCACAGAGGGAAGCAUAGAGAUGUUAUCAUUCAUUUGGUCCUGUACUGAACGCCUCUCUCAGUUUGUUGAAUUGAGGAUGGCACUGGUAUGCAUGUGUAGGCUAUAAGUUCAUGUCAAUAGCGUGGUGGGAAGAGUAAGGCCAAUCAUGUGCAGACUGAUGGCCGGUUCUUAUGAUAUUAUAACUUGCUCAGGGAGAAUCUUUUGCUAUCCUUUGUUUUUGUUUUCUGCUGAAAUUAUAUUUUAAACAUGCAUAUCCUCUGGGGGAAAAAAAUCACAGCAUCUUACUACUAUCUUAUAAAUGUUUCUGUUUUUAAAAAUAACAGUCAUUGAAACAUGAUGACAACAUAUUAAAAUUAGCAUACCAUAAUAUCUUGAGUGUCAUGACAAAACAACACUGACAUCUCUGAAAUAAUUAUGUCACAUACACCCUUGUAACAUUCUAAUGUGUAAGUACAGGGUAACCUGUGGAGCAGCUGUUUGUAACAGCACAUCUGCUCUGGUUCUUCAUUCUGAAAUAUGUGUGCUUACAAUGUACUACAUGUGCUUACAAUGUACUAUUCAUGUCAAGUAUUCAAUACAAGAUACUGUAGUUGUUGUGUAGGCUUAUUUUCACUGAAGACACAGACUCCUACGUGAAUGAUGAAAUGCAGUUAUAGAGCUUUUAUUCUUACUCAAUCACAAGGAUGAAAGAAUGUAUAGUUGAACUAUUAAACCACCAUAUUCCAGAUCCUAGGUCUUUAGGGCUUUUCCUACUUAGUUAUGCUAAUAUUUGCUUGUUUCUGAAGGAGGUACCUGACUGUGCCCUGUUUGGGCUUUCCUGUAUAUAUACAGAACUUGAUAUUGGGCCAAGUUAUUGUCAACUUAGCACAUUGAAUCCUUGCAUCAUUCAUUGAGUAAUCUUGCCUGGAUUUUGACUCUGUUUUGAAAACAAAAUCCUGUAAUGUUGAUGCUGGACGUUUUCUUUAGAGUAGAAGAGAACUGGGAGGCCAGUUGAAAUACUAGGCAGAAUGCAGUACACUUUCUGUUUACAAUGUACCUCUGUGCAUUACCUUGCAUUACUCAUAUCUCAUAUAUCAUUCAUAAGAAAGACCAUGUACAGCAUAUGACAUUAAUCUGAGAAAAUGAAAAUCCUGACAUUAUAUUGUGUGUGCCUCUCUUCUGUUCAACAUUGGUUAGGGUUGGAAGACAAAGACUGUAGUGAUUUUCUCACUAUUUGUUUUGAUAGAAUGCAAUGCCGAUUGCUUUUUUGUAGCAUAUACAAUGCAUUGUGUGGUAUUGUAUAUGUGUAAUAAAACUGUAGAAUAUGUGUUAUCAAUUAUGGAAUAUUCUGAUUGCUUAGUUACAAAUUGUUUUAUUUUAGGUGUUUGUUUUUGUUUUGUUUUUUGUUUUGCUCCAAUAAUAUCUUUACUUAAAUUUUAUGAAUUGAUUUAAACUUCGUUUUUUCUUCCAAAUAAAGUUAUGCUCUCAGAAUC